AUACCAAUUAAGCAAUAGUUUUUUUGUGUGAUAAAGGUUACUUUAAAAAGUAAAAAAUUUUAAAAUACUUUUUUAACAACAAUGAAGUAGCCAAAUCAUAAAGUCUUCCACAUAAAAAGGAUUACAAUUAAGUGAAAAUCAUAUCGGGAUCCAUUCCGUAGCUUAGAGAAAAUAAACAGAGAAACAGAGAACUAGAUAGCUACUUUGGUUUAUAGACACUGUUUAUAGACUGAUACGACCGAUGACUUUAAGGAGUUAAAUGUUUAAUCACCUGAUUACUAAUACCUGCCAAAGUUGUCCGGAAGAGAUAGCUCGCUUCUAGAAACAAUACCGCCCGUUAGUAAUGUUAUUUAUUUAUUUUGUUUGUGAUAAUACCAAUGGUUGCUACAAAGAGGGUAGAUUAUAAAAUUACUUUGUGUACCAAAUGCACGCUGGCUCCUAUUCCAGUGUACGGAACAUUCGGCUGUUUGUAUUGUGGUAUAUCGCUCAAUUAAAUUAUCUGAAUGACAAAUGAAUUCGCAUAGUUUGAAAAGAUAAUUACAACAUAUUUACACAUAAACAUGAUACAAAAAAGAGACGAGUAAUGUACCGUCAUACAAAGCUCUUUCCGGUAGGUCCUAUCAACAUAAUAUUAUCUCUAUCUUUAUCUUCACGGGUUACUUUAAUCACAAGUAAAUCUAUAAAAACUGCACUAUGAGCAUAUGCUGCUCACAAUACGAUUGAUCACCUAAAAUAAAGGUUCAUUAAUUUUUUAAUCAAAAAUGGAAGCUGAAAAAGCUACUACAGCAGAAUUGGAUACAAGUCCAGCUCCAAUGGAAUACAAGGAUAUGUCAUUUUGUCAACGAGUCAAAUAUGUCAAGAGCCACGUAACUGUAGAAGUAACUGGGUUUUUAGUCAUUUUUGCGAACAUUCUACAAGGAGUGGCCCAGCAAGUCCUGGGCUUAGAAAAAGCAUGCCGAGUAAAUUUAGGAUUGGACGACGAGAUCUGCGAUGCACUCAGAGCCCAGAAUGGGACAGAAGAUUUAUUACCUUACGAAAGAAUGAUCCAGGAGCUAUUUGCGUCACAAAUGAUAUGGACAAGUGCAAUGCAAACCGUACUCUCCUGUAUAAUAGCCGUAUUUGUCGGUGGAUGGAGUGACGCGACCGGCAGAAGGAAAGUGAUAAUGCUGGCCUGCCUUUCUGGUGAAAUAGGACUGACGUUAAACAACCUCAUUAAUGUGAUAUUUUUUGAUCAAAUCCGUCUGGAAAUUUACCUAUUUUUUAAUGUAUUAUCUGUUAAUAUUUUCGGAGGAAGCGGUGUGAUGUUCCUGGCAAUAUUAAACUACAUGUGCGAUAUCACGACACCGGAAAAUAGAACACACAGAAUGGGUUUUGUGAACUUAGCAACGUUUGCCAGUAUGCCGCUGGGCUUAUCCGUAUCGGGUAUUAUUUUAAGCUAUGGGGGAUAUUAUGCUAUAUUCGUACCGGCACUAGUUCUGCACCUUAUAAAUUUGUUUUAUCUUAUAUUAUACAUAUUUGACACUGCCAGAACCGAAGAACAUAAAAAGCACGACGGUAAAGGGGCGAUUCACUUCUUGAGGACUUUCUUCAACCUUGGAACUAUAAAACAAAUGCUUGCAAUUGUCUGGAAAAAGACAGAAAACAACAGAAGGAAAACACUGCUGAUAUUAAUUGGUACUAUUACUUUCAUCUACGGACCUUUCAUUGGGGAAAUGGCAACUUUAUAUAUGGCGACCAGAUAUCGCUUUAACUGGGAUGAAGUACAGUUCAGCUUCUUCCAGACAUACAACUUCCUCAUAAGUGUAACAGGUACUUUGAUAUCUUUGUUGCUGUUCAGCAAAUAUCUGAAGUGGCACGACAGCGUAUUGGGAAUAACAGCUACUACCAGCAAGAUUCUAGCAGCGUUUGUGUUUUGUUUCGCACCGAACACAGGCAUCUUCUACCUGGGUCCUCUUGUUGAUAUAUUAAGCGGUGCAUUGUUACCAUUAUUGUCAAUUAGAUCAAUUUACACAAAACUAAUGACACCGGAUGAACUGGGCAAGAUGACGUCACUAUUUGUUUUGUUUGAAAACCUGGCGCCAGUGAUUUUUGUCCCGGUUUACGUUACCAUCUAUACUUCCACCAUGGACACGCUGCCAGGAGCUGUUUAUCUAUUCGGAGCCGCCGUGACAUUACCAGGACUACUAGCAUUCUUAUAUCUCUUCCGCAUGCACAGAGUAAGUUUGAAGAAAACGAUGAUGCCGUAAAUGAAUAUAUUACCGAAACUCAUCAAGCGCAGUCUGCAAAGAAAAAUAUUUAUGCAUAUUAACAUGCUGUGAAAAAAAUAUGUCGUUGGAUGAACACACGCCGCGAGAAGUGGAUGCACUGGUUGCACCUGUAUCCCUUCGGGAAUAAAAGUCUUGUGUGUAUGUGAGUGUGUGUGAGUGUUUAUAAUAAAUUAUAAUGGAUAAAAGGUCGUGCGAUUACCAGGUACCAGAUGCUGUGAUUUCCGGGUUUGACUUUAUAAUAGAUUUAUCUAGUUUUUAAUUUGCAAUACGUGUGUUGUUGUCUUCGUUUUAUCCCUAGUACGUAAUGUGUACUAGUACUAAAAAAAACUAGUACUAAAAAAAUUGUUUCCCAACAUUGCGAAGACUGCAGCCUUUAUGAUCACGAGAAGACUGAGGUGUUGGUCGUCUGUAUACUCAGUUAUAAUAUUUAUACAUAUUAUAAAACAAAGUUCUCAAAAGCCGUCUGUCUGUAAGUGAUCGAGUUUCUCAAAACCUACUGAACGGAUUUUGGUACACUUUAUACUAAAAGGUAGUACAAUUCUUGAGGAAGGUUUACGUUAAUAGUACAUUACGAUUUAAUGUAAAUUGACAGAAAUAUAACGAUUACUGUUGAAGAGGUCGCGAGGUUGUAAAGACUUGUGGGUCAGGUUUACGCGGGAACAACUGUGUGACAUACUGAUUUUCACGCAGUGAACCCGCGGGCACAGCUAGUCUACCUAUAUUUUACAAUAAUACAAAAUGUUAUUAUUUUUGCGGUGAUACAGAAUACGAUUAAAUUGUAAUUUUAGUACCGGGACGCUAUGAUUACCAUUUUGACAGAUUACAAGCAAAGGUAAAGUCUCAAUUCAUUACAUAUCAAAAAUAUAUAUAAUAAUCAAUCCGAGCGCAUCUCUGUUUUUAGCUUAAUAACAAGUAUUGCAAGGAGUAGAUUAAAAAGUUUUACUAAAGCUAAAAUAAAAAUGCUUACUUUAUAUAUUUCAAUGAACCGAAUAUUGCAAUGAAAAUGAAUGUACUAUAAGUAGCAAAAUAAAACCGGGAGGCGUGGCUGCAACGUCACAAUGACAUUAGUGCCGUGAUCAGUCGCGCGAAAAAAAAAGGCGCGAAACAACCGACCAGCGCGCGGACCACUGCGUCGGUGAUACACUUUUGCUUGCAUUUUUCUUCGGAUCGAACGGACGUUCACAACCGUUGCAUUUCGCUAACUAUAUUUUUAUGUUCUUGCUCUUUUGCUUAUUUGUUAGCUAAUUUGAUUCAAAUUGUUGUCUUUUUGUA